AUGGAUGCAACUCUGGCGAGUUUCUUUGUUCAUGGCGAGAACAGAACGUGUCUAAGAUGCACGCUUUUCCCAGACGACUAUGUCGUCUUCAUACCGCUACGAUACCACCGGGACAACAUCUACGUUAGAGAGCUUCCUACUACGAUCAUCCCUUCGCGUACGACACGGCACGAGCAGGAAACCAUAUACAUCGCCAAGGACGUGGAUGAGCGUAUGUCGAUCAAUCUGCAGGCCAAGAUGGCGGAGACUCUGAGCAUCGACAGGUCCCUACUUCCGGCCAACUUCUCGUUGGAGAUGAUGGAGACCUGGCCCAAGAACUUGUGGCAGUCACAGAGACAGCAAUAUGCCCUGCCCGGAUCAAAGCUAUUUACUUGCAUCACUUCAUACAGCGUCUAUUUUAAAACUGUCAAGGUCGGUGAGGUGUGUCUUAUUUGCCAGCGACAUUCUUCUGCUCUACAGCCUUUACGUUACGCCUUGAUCCCUUUACAAGAAGCAACCGGCCGUGCCGGCAUUAUGUCGCAGAUAAAAGAUCACGAGAGCAGUGGUGCCCGGGGGCAACCCAUUGAAGCCUUUAGUUUGAUGGAGCAAUUCAUCAUUGAUGGCCGUCAGGCAGUGGACCUUUCGCACGGGAAUCUCAGCUUCUCACUCUUCGUAACGCGAUACUCCGAGACUGAGGAGAGCAACGACAAACUGUAUUUGAAGGUCACUUCUUUCCAGGACCUUCUUCAUCCACUGCCUAUCAGAAAAUCGAAGACCAUAUCGAUCAGCGAUGGCAAGGGCCCCGGUCAUCGCCUCGAACGUGCUCCUCAAAUCGGAGGAGAUGGCGCCGUAGUACAGCCACCGAAACCAUGCGACAUCGCGGAAGCGGAGCGGGAGAACUCUGGAUAA